UCCUUCCUCCCUCCACGGCCAAAACCUCUGAUUCGCUCGGACUCUCAGAAUUCCAAACCCCCAUUCCCAGAAUCCCAACAAGAAAAAGAAGGGAGAGAGAGAGAGAAGAAAAUGGAUUCUCGGGAAUUGGCAGCUUUCCUCUCCUCCCUCACCUCGCAACUCCUCCUCACCCUCCUCCUCUUCCCUUCCUCAAUCCCCCUCCAAAUCCCCACCAAUUCCAAUCCCAAUUCCCACGGAAACACUUUCCCUCUCCUCCUCCACCACUUCCUCUCCACCUCCGACCUCGCCGCCUCCCUCUCUCUCCUCCCCCUCCUCUCCAGAAAACGCAAACGACAACAGCAAACAAACGACCCCAACCCUCAACUCGGUCAACUCCACCGAGCAGACCCGGUCAUCCCGCGCAACCCGGACGCGUUCAAGCUUUUGUUCCGGAUGAGUUCGUCCACGUUCGAGUGGCUGGCUAGCCUCCUCGAGCCGCUGCUCGAGUGCCGCGACCCGGUUGACUCGCCGCUCGACCUCCCCGCCGAAACCCGGCUCGGGAUCGGCCUUUUCCGGCUGUCCACUGGCGCCGAUUACCCCGAGGUGUCGACCCGGUUUCAAGUCUCUGACUCGGUCGCGAAGUUCUGCGUCAAGCAGUUCUGCCGUGUCCUGUGCACCAAUUUCCGGUUCUGGGUCGGGUUUCCUACCCCGAGUGAGCUCGGUAGGGUGUCGUCCGCGUUUGAGUCGCUCGCCGGAAUACCCAAUUGCUGCGGAGUCAUUGGAUGUACUAGAUUCAGAAUUGCAAGGAAAACGGAGGAAGUUCGAGGAUCGAGCAUCGCUGCCCAAAUCGUGGUCGAUUCUUCUUCGAGAAUUCUGAGCAUUGUUGCAGGUUUUGGCGGCAACAACAGUGAUUGGGCAAUUCUCAAGUCUUCGUCAUUGUACAAAGAUAUCGAAUCAGGAAGUUUAUUAGAUUCCCCGCCAAUAUACACCAACGGUGUUUCUGUACCUCAGUAUCUAGUUGGGGAUAGGAAUUACCCUUUACUCCCCUGGUUAAUUACUCCGUUUCCUGAUCCAGUGUCUGGAAGAAGCGAAGAGAAUUUCAAUGCUGCGCUCAAUUUGAUGAGACUUCCAGUGAUUAGAACAAUUGCCAGUUUGAAGAACUGGGGUGUUUUGAAUAAGCCAAUUGAAGCAGAGUUCAAGACUGCCGUGGCUUAUAUUGGUGCUUGUUCAAUUCUGCACAAUGUUUUGCUUAUGAGGGAGGAUUACUCGUCUUUGUGCGACGAAUUUGUUGAUUAUACGGUGGAUGAUCAGGUCUAUAGGGAUGCUAAUUUUGAGGAGAAUUCAGUUGAGCUAAAGGGUUCAGUCAUUAGAAGUGCAUUGGCCACUAGAGCUAAAGUGUUAGAAUUUUCAGCGGGCUCGAACCGCAGAAUCGCUUGUGCAUGACAGGCUUGAAGUUUGACCGCCUCUUGCUGAAGGGAGUCAGAAAGAGUGUGAUUUGAUGGAGGAAAGAUAGCAGUGACUCCAUAACAACGAAGUACGAACUCCUCACUCUUGAGGAGAGAAUAAUGAGUGCAUUUAGAAUCUCAGGCUUCUCCUGAUGACCUGGAGGAGAUUGUCUGGGGUGUGAGGCCCAUAACGGACUCUAUUAUGAGGCUUCGAACCGUUAAUUCUUGUAUGUCUCGCCGUGUAGUUAUUUGAUCGAUAUGCGAUCAACAAAAAUUUCUUUGUAAGUAGUGAACGUGUGGAGGUUUGCAAAAUGAAUAGCUGGGACAAUUUGGAUGAGACCCAGCUGCAAGGCCUGCUAGGUAUGCCGUGGUGGCCUGGGUUAUGGUUAGGCCUGCCAAAACCUAGGCUGAAGCCCGCCUUAAGCUCAUUAUACUCUUGUACUUUGGUGGGUUUCAAGAAUUUUUGUUUUGAAUUGCAUUUUAUUUAUGUUUU